AAUUUAGAGAGAUGACGGAUUUGACGUCAUUAAAUUUAAACUGAAAACAAUUGUUACUUAAAAAAGACUUUUUUGAAUCAAAUGCGUCUAUGAAAUUCAAUAUUUUACCUUUUGAAAAAUAACAAGCUAUUCUACAUUGUAAAUUACGAGGUAAAAAUGAAACGAAAGUUUUUAAAAGUAAUCAUGCCGAUUAUUAAUUUGGUCAGUUCUAAGCAAUUUUCGUUUCUUUUGACAGAUAAACCUUGACCUGUUGGCAUUAAGCCACAUAAGUUACAUAUUGUACUUACUUUAUUUCAAUAUAUCUUUUGAGAUAAUAGCUCAACUUUAUUUGAUAAACAUGUCUAACUUCAGGGUCACUUCGGAAAUACUUACAGAAAAUUGUAUGACAGCUUCAUCAAGUGAAAAAAAUAACUCUAAAAUUUCAAAAUUUAUCUUCAAUCUUCCAGUAUACAUGUUGAAAACAAAAAAUAAAGAGAUAAAAUAUGAUGAAGAUGAAGAUUUGAUUUUAGAUAGAACCAAAACAGGCGAACUUUUCAUAGAGCAUAGUAUUUCCACAGAACUUCAACUCGUUGGAUUACAAGUAUGGCGAGGAGCAUUUUUAUUAGCUGAUUAUAUUUUAGAUAAUCCCAGCGUCUUUAAAAAUCAAAAUGUUAUAGAAUUAGGUGCAGGUGUAGGGUUGACAAGUAUUAUUACAAGUAUGCUUGCUCGUGAAGUUACAUGCACUGAUAUCGAUUCCCAUGGAAUCAUUGAAUUAAUACAAAGAAACUUCGUCCGUAAUUCUCAAUAUAUUAAUGCCAAAUUUAAUAUUAUGGAAUUAGAUUUUUUAAACUGUAAUUGGUCGUCAAAUUUAACAAAAAAAAUAACAGAAUCAACAAUUAUUUUAGCUGCAGAUGUAAUUUAUGACAACGAUAUAACGGAAGGAUUUGUUAAUACAUUAUCAAAAAUAUUAAAUUCAAAUAUUAAACGAAUAGCAUAUGUUGCACUAGAAAAACGUUUCGUAUUUACAAUCGCAGAUUUAGAUUCUGUUGCUCCAAUGUACGAAGAAUUUAUUCGUUGCAUUACUCAACGAAAUUUAAAUUGGAAUAUCCAAACAAUAGAUAUUAAUUUUCCACAGUAUUUUCAAUAUAAUCGUGUUAAACAAUUAUUAUUAAUGAAAAUUUAUAAUAAAAAUAAUUAAAAUAAAAUAAUAAUUUUAUUCAAAAGAAAUUUUACCAAAUAGAUUUAUUACUUUUUAUAAAUUAAUUGUUCUUAAAUGCAAAGUCGAAUAUUAAAUCUUAAUUGAUACGUAGAAUACCAAAAGAUAACACUUAGAAAACGAUGGCCUGAUUCUCAAAUUUUCUAUCACACAAAAAAAAAUUUCACAGGAGAUAUUCGAACAAAGUAUCAUUAGAUUAUAUAAUUAUAGUGUAAGUUUAGUUUUUGAAUUAAUUUC